AUGAUGAUGGGGGACAUGCCGUCGGCAGACGAUCCACAGGACUCAUCGUUACCAGCCACUACGUUUGUGCUAGCCACAGUGAUACCGAACAAUUACAGCGACGAAAUGUCGCACAAUGAUAAAGACAGGCGAGAAAGACUUGAAUAUAUUCAACGUCAGAUGAUGAUAAACUUAAAGGGGAUGAUACCAAUACUCCCGCCGAUCCCAGUGACAAAAACGGUUUAUCCCACUUGUGACUUGCCUAAGCACACAAAUGAGGAUGUCUGGAACACAAGGGUAUCGAUGAAUUUAAUGUUUAAUAUUAGUUUACCCAAGUCGUCCAAGGGUAUCACAGUAAACGUAAAUACGGCUAGACUCAGGCUGUACAAACAAUUUUUAUCUUGUUAUUCGCAAUCGAGUAAUGAGACCGAUGAUUCUCAAUCAUGUCAGCCAGCAUUAUUUGUAGAAUCUAAGACCAAGACUAAUUUGUCUACACCCGGUGUAGUACCGAUAAAAAUGGACAAGAGACAGAUUCGUGUAUCAAUUUACAUGUACACCAAAUCACUUCGUAAGAGAGUAAGACGUACCAAGCUAUUGGACAGCCACAUGGUGCCAUAUUACAGCGAGGAAUGGACAGAAUGGAAUAUUCGCAACGCAGUAGAAUUUUGGCACGAGAACCCAGCUCGUAAUUACGGAAUCGGAGUUGAAGUUGAAGAUGAAGAUGGCAACUUGCUUCCAGUCGCCAAAUUUUUCAGAGCCAUGAAUUGCUCGGGAGACGCACAAAUGAUGACCUCGAAGCCGGCGCAAGGGUUCCUGAUGGAGGCUGCGCAAAACGGUUACAGCAACCCGACCACCACGACCAACAACAGUAACACAAACACGGUCGACGCGAUCGCGUUCAGAUUCAACAUGCACCGGUAUCCGAUAAUGGACGUUACCACGGUGUCAGAGGCGAACAACGCCAUGCUUUACCAGUACGAUAAACAUGCGUUCGAACAGGUGGGUGGCAGAGGCACGUUUUCGUCGCUCAACUUGUCACCGCGGCAGGAAGGCCAGGUCACUGAGUUACAACACCGGAUCCUCGAUGGUAGCCUGCAACACCGGAACAACGGCACUUUAACCGGAAGUCUGUCCGUAGACGGACACGAGCACGAGCAGAGUUUAAAAGUUUAA